AUGGCUGCUUCCGUUGGAGUGCCCAACAAACACUUGAAGCGAGAGAACCCAAGGCGGAAAUGGAAGCUGAAAAACCAGUACCAUGAUUGGCUCGCCAAACUUGUCAUAAAUGCGGCCCGUCUCCUGCCUUGGUUAAUCGCACUUCGCACUUUUCGAUAUUCGCAAAAGAAGUGGAUAAUCAUAGCCGGAAAACCUAGCGGAAGAAUACAAUCAAUAAACGGUGUCAACGUUUAUGUAGCAAAUCCAACUAGCGAUGACCGUGCAGAAAGCCAAUCCAGCGCCGAGGGGCAAAAGGCAAUCUUGGUCUUUCCUGACGUGUUUGGAAUAGACUUAAUAAACGUACAGUUGAUCACAGAUAAAUUAGCAACCGACUUGAACACGCCCGCCUACCUAGUUGACACAUUCGCAGGUGGUGACAUUCAACCCAAUAAGCUACCAGUAGGCUUUAAUCUCACUGAGUGGCAGAAGAACCAUCGCCCCGAGCAAGUUCUUCCAAUCAUAGAAACCGUCAUCAAAAAUCUCACUGCUCAGGGUGUCGAGCGCUUUGCUGCCACCGGGUAUUGCUUCGGCGGGAGAUACGUUUUCUUGAGCUCAGAUAGAAAUUGGAUACAUGUGGGAUCCACCUCUCAUCCCAGCUUGGUCCAAGUGCCAGAUGACUUUCUGGAAUUGCGAGAGAAGAGCAAGGCUCCACUUUUGAUCAAUUCAUGUGAAACUGAUUCACAAUUCGGAGCUGAGGCACAGAAAGAAUCCGAUGAAAUAUUGGGUAAUGGACAAUACAAGCCGGGUUAUAAGAGAACCUAUUACCCAGGUGCCUUCCAUGGGUUUGGCGUUCGUGCCAACUUGAGUAACCCCCCAGAAAAACGGGCUUUCGAUGACUCCUAUCAGCAGAUGGUGCAUUGGUUCGAUGCCUACCUUUGAGGCCGACCUCAAAAUGGAUAAAUUGCAGUAGUUAGGGACCCUGUUAGCUUUGAACUAAGCACUUCCAGCAGUUCUC